AGGGCCGCUUUUGCCCCUUCCUUGCCUUACGAAACCGCAUACGAUCUAUCACAUAAUACUACUAUUGAGUGCUGCACUCUCGCCAACGGGAGAUUAUUUCGUCGUUAAGCUACCCUGUCCUUGCUUUACUGAUACCAGCGGACUGUACCAAGUCGCCAGUUGGAAAGCAUCGUGCCAAUCCAGCGUAACGCUCUCGGCCGUUCCAUAACCUGUCAAUCAUCGCAAGCAUUUCCACGGCCAACACAUCACGAGACAACCUGGCUUAAGGAAGGCACUAGUCUGCGGCUUGCGCCGCAGGUAACGCUUGGAGGAGAAGGUGGUGUGGGAGAGGAACAAUUGGAGUUGUGAACGGCAGAAAGCAGCGCAACCUGCUGGUCUGGGCUGCACAACCCUGCAGUGUAGGGCGCGUGGUGUGGUAAUGCAGGAGUCGAAUGAUGGACCCGCAGAGCCAAUCUUUCACUCCGUACAGUAGCAACAACGACACGUGGCGGCUGCAGACCGAUGUGGCGCGGAUACAGCAGGUGCAAGCCGAGCACUCCGAGCGCAUAGCACGCCUUGAGCGGAGGCAAGACGAGGACGCGCGGGUCAAGAGUGUAUGGGGUAGCAGCUCGCCAUUCCCAAGCGUGCUUAGUGGGACGCCGCAGCAGGCACCCCUGCAACAGCCGCCUUCUGACGCUUUCCGCGGCUUCGACGACGAGGCAAACACCCUCAUGAGCAGCUUGCACCUCGAUGCCGAGGACGAGCCGCGAAGAGGUAUGGGCGCCAACUCGCGUGCCAACAGCGUCCGCUUCGAUGAGUCUGCUAAUCAGAACCACUUCUCGCAUUCGUCGAGGCCUUCGAUGGACUUGGCGUCUCGCACCAGCAGUGGUUUCGGUGCUGGUUUGCAGAUGAGCGAGCGCUCUUCUUCGCACAAGUCCGACGGGCGCGCUAGCUCGGCGCAUUCGAUGCGCUCUGCUGCUUCGGGCCGGGCUAAUAGUCUCAACCUCGACACGGCGUAUGGGCAUGGCGACUCGAAUCGCUCACCUCUUGAUACGCCGGCACUUGCGCCUGGUCUGCUACUGCUCGGAUCUGUGCCGGCUAUUAUCCGUUGUUGGAUGAAUACGAACUUCAAGCAUGAUGCUUUGCUAUAUGCGGCUGUCUGUACGGGCUCGUACAAGUCAUACUUGGAUGUGCGGCUGAUUCAGAAGCUGGGGUUCGAGACCAGCAUUCGGACUACGGAGAGCGACAGCACACAGACGGUCGAGCUGCCGGUAUACUUCCCAGAAGCUGUACCGCACCCAGCAUCAUCGCGAUCGAGCAGUCCAGCGCCGCAAUUACCGACACUCACAGUCAACUUCCAGGUGGUGGAGCAAGUGUCCGACCAUCACAGCAAGGCCAUCCAAAUCUUCAUCGGCAGCGAUGUGCUUCGAGCGCACAAUGCGGAUAUUCUCUUCUCGUCAAGUAGUAUAACUCUGUUCGACGACGAUCGGAGUAAGCUUAGCAUACCGCUGGUGCGGCCUGAGGACGAGGGUGCGUUCAACAGCCUGUACGUCGGUAGUGGCAAACCGCACACUCCCUCUGCUUCUGCAGAAGCGGUUAUUGCGGUGAAAGAGCAGCCUUACCUGAAUGGCUUUGGACAGGGUGGAUCUGCAGUAUCCGUCUCCUCAGCGGCAGCGAGUCCGCCGCCAGGCAAGUAUCGCCCACCUGGUGCUAUCGCCGCCGAAGCGAAUAACCUCGAGUCCGCGAAAGCCGGCACCCCCGGCUCUGACACGAGCGACCCAAGGCCUGCGAGUCGUGCUUCCACCUCUUCGAGGCCGUCUCUAGCUCUGAUCAACACUUCGUCAGACCUACCGGAGCAGGGUCCCUCCGAUACCGCAUCGCAAACUACACCCUUACGAUCAGGCGGUAGUCCCGCAAUCUGGGGCAAUUGGCGGCGCGAAGGAUCAACGCCCGUCACAACGCCGUCUCAGGCACCCGGACUCGAUUGGGCAAGUGCAGGCAAGACGCGCGACGCGCAGUAUCAGCGGAAAGAGAGCGGGAUCAAGGUUCUCAAGCCCAAAAGCGCGAGUCGCACCUUCUCUACUGCUUCCACGCCCGCGGCUACCACCUCCAGUCCGGGAGACGGCAAAAGUCGCUUCUUCGACGAAGGUCGGCGGCGCAGUGGGCCGGAUCAUGCGAACGCUGUGCAGAAGUCUGCGCUCGUAGAUGGUAAGAGGGAACAACAACCUCUCGCUGCGGCGGUUAGUCCGGGUGCAGCGACUGCGACUACGCCAGCGUCCGCUGCGGCUGUCGCUGCGGCGCCCAAGACGAAAGCCAACCCGAUAGGAGGCGGUUCGGCUUUCUCUUGGUUGAACUCUGGCGGCGGGAAUGGAUCGAAGUGAAUGGACCUUGUCGAGCAAAGAGGCUAACGUGUACGACUUGGCGCUUCCCCGAAGGACAUCUUGUACGCUAGCAUAGUGUAUGCGAUACGCGGCUAUUGUUGCCUAGGCUCUUGGGCGGUCAACAUUGUCAACGUGCAUGUGAAGUGUGAAUGUGAAUGUGGGCUUCGGAGUUCCUCCGGCCACCAAACUCAGCCUUUCCAUGGUAUCCGUCGACAUCCUCUGACGUUGAAGCUCUUUACACCCAAUCUCACCCUCGCAAUCGUAUCGUUCCAAGGUAAACACUCUCAUCAUAUUUUGUUCUUCACGACAUUUCUUGUUCUCCUGACUUGAGCCGUCGCCGCCACACGCUCAUCGAACAGCCCUGAUGCCUUAGGCAUUUUACUGUUCUUUACAAAGGUCAACCAGCAAACGGGCAAUUCGCGUCUGGCUCAGCCUGGCACUCAGCCCCUUCACUCUUCGCCUGC